GGUCUUAAUACAGAGUAAAAGAUCUAGAUCUACGCCGUGGAUAUGUGUGUGUAGUUUACCCUCUUGUUAUUUAUUCUCUUUGUAACCUACUUAAUUUUACACACCUACUGCGUGUCUAUAUCAGACAUGUGUUGAUAACUUGAUGGCAUUUAAUGUACUAAAAGAUAUAGACCUUUGAACCCAACUUAUUUAUAGAAGAGUGGUUUGUUUUGGUUUGAAGGAAUAUUUUUAUUCAAAGAUUCUUCACUCGAUUUUAGGACAUUUGGAGGUACUGGCCAAAAUGGUGUCCUAUGGGUCGCAGAAUGUCAUGUCUCAUGGAAAGUUCACCAUCCUGUGAGAGCCAGUAGGAGAGAGAGAGAGAGAGGACCAUGUCUCAACGGAAUGGGCUCAGCUUGGCCCACAGUGGUCCUCACAAAAGCUACCACUCGGUAGAUUCCGAGACGAGCCUGCUUCAAGGACACGCGAAAGAAGCGUCUAGAAGCAUCAAACCCUACUCAGUGCAGACUGCUCUAGACGCUUUGGGUUUCGGAAUAUUUCAACUAAAAAUAUCAGCUCUGGCUGGACUCUGUUACAUGACCGAUGCCAUGGAGUUGAUGCUGAUGUCCAUCUUGGCGCCCAUCCUGAAGUGUAGUUUUCAGCUGACCAGCGUCCAGGAAGCAUUGCUAACCACGUCAGUAUUCGUAGGCAUGUGCAUUACUUCAAAUUUUUGGGGAAUUGUUGCGGAUAAAUAUGGACGAAAGCCGGUCCUUCUGAUGUUCGCUGCCCUAUCUGGCUACUUCGGUAUUCUAUGCUCUCUGUCUCCGAACUUCUGGUGGAUUCUGGGAUUGCGUUUUAUUGUCGGAUGUGGCCUGGGAGCGACACCGCAAUCGAUGACGUACUACUCGGAGUUCCUGCCCACCAAGUCACGUGGUACAUGCAUGAUGGCUAUAGCGGUUAUGUGGGCAGUAGGCGCUUCUCUUCAAGCGGCCCUUGCUCUGGUUGUCAUGCCAACCCUCGGAUGGCGAUGGUUGCUAGGGUUGUCCUCCAUUCCUCUGUUCUUGUUUAUUCUGACGUUUAAGGUGCUCCCAGAGAGUCCCAGGUAUUACCUCUUUCGUGGAUACCAUUCAGAAGCUGAGAAAGUUCUGGCAAAGAUUUCGAAAGAAAAUGGACGGUCUUUACCUGAAGGUAUUUUACAGAGCUCCUCAGAGCAGGAAUCUGUGGAUGGUGCUGCUUGGAAUGCUUUGUUCCGCUCUGAAUAUUUGAGAAUCACAUUGCUAGCUACCAUCAUGAGUGUCAGUGGCAACACGGCGUACUACGGUUCCUCCAUCUUGACCACAAGUCUGUUUGAGAAUGACGACAGUUGCCAUGGGUACACUGACGGUGGCGGCACAAAGGGGGGUGAAACUUGUGAAGCAUAUUGUCAGACCUUAUCCACCAGCGACUAUGUCGACUUCAUGAUUACCUCCUUCAGUGAGUUGCCAGGUGUGUUCAUCUCAAUGUUCCUAAUGAAAUGUUAUGGUAGAAAGUUCGUCCAGACGAUCAUGCACUUUUCCUUCAGUGUCGCCAUACUUCUGUGUAAUAUCUGUCUGCCCAGGGGCGGACUUGUCGCUUUGCUGUUUAUUGCUAGGGCCCUGGGCAAUGCAGCAGCUCAGGGCGGAUACUUGUACAUCGCUGAGCUCUUCCCAACGUCACUUCGAGCUAAAGGCUUGGGAUGGUGCAGCGGCGUGUCUCGGGUUGGAAUCAUUGCAGCCCCAUUUAUCGCUCAGGUUCUCAUUAAAGAAUCCGCCUACUGGUCGAUCUCUUGCUUUGGUGUGCUAGGACUUCUGGGAGGUCUGGCGGCCAUGUUGAUGCCCAUAGAAACAGCCAACAGAGAAAUGAAAUGAAGAAACACACAAAAAAAAAAAACGAAACGAAAACUUGAAUUAAAGAGACUUUUUCGUUUUCUUAUCUUAUCCUAUACAAUCCAGACGUUACUUAAAAAAAAAAGAAGAUGAUUACGUCCUACGCGUCAUGCAUUUAGUCAUGCAUAUUAAUGAGUUAAACAUGUUCUACGGAUCUGUUUUCAUUUUUUCAUAAAGACUUAACGCAGUACACAUUACAGAACAGUUGCCUGCUACUCACUUCACUUUAAAGGACUAACCCACUGCUGACACCAUGUAAUGGAAUGGAUUAAUCAAAUAAAAUAUAAGCCUUUAAGUGUCUGGAGGACCAACUGAAUUUGUGUCACCACUGUUGGUGAAGAGGCAACACUAAUACUGUUUAGAUUAUCAGUACCUGAUGGUAACAAUAACAUAUCUAUUAUACACUUUGACAUCUGCUAUAUGCUAGUAAAGGUGUUUUGUUCAUCUGUUACUCUAGUCACAAGUUCUAGUUCAAAUUUAUACCAUCCAGUAAACAACCUUACUCUAGUCACAAGUUCUAGUUCAAAUUUAUACCAUCCAGUAAACAACCCUGAGA